AUGUUCUCCCACAGUGCGCUAACUAGAGCCUUCGUCGGGCCUGUCGGGCAUCUGCGCAGCACCACGAUCACAUCCCAACUUCCCACCAAACUGAAUCUGAACCUACGCACCAUCACAGCCACAACAAAUACUGCUGCAAAUGCAACGGCAAACAUUCCAUCUACUACUACCACCACGUCACCACCCCGAACCCCAACCACCCCCGAGCUCUUCGAAACCAAAAAACCAAUUCCGCCGACAUUCACGACACCGCUUCAAGUCAGUCGAUCACUGUUUGAAAAGCUGCCGCAUCUGACGGGCCAACGGCCGCACUAUAUCACGGCGCACGUGCACGACCGACCGUACCUCCUCACGGUGGGCGAUCAGCUCCGGCUGCCUUUUUUGAUGCCCAAAGUGAAACCAGGGGACGUGGUGCGGUUGAACCGGGCGAGUGUGUUGGGGUCGCGCGAAUUCACGAUGCGAGGGGCACCGUAUCUCGAUGAACGGCUGUUUGAGUGUCGGGUAAGAGUGAUGGGUACCGAGGCGGAGCCUUUGAGGAUCAAGGAGAAGACGAAGAGGAGACAACGUCAUGUGCGUAAGGUCAUGAGUAAGCAUCGGUAUACGAUUCUCAAGGUUAUGGAUGUGAAGGUAAAGACGACAGAGGAGUUGUUGAGUGAAGGCGCGGUGGUCGUUGAGGAUGCGGGGUUGAAUAAGGAUGUUUAG